GUCGCAUGCACGCAAUUCAUAUCUUCCAGGCGUUUGUCUGUCUCGGCAAUUUGAUCCUAGAGACCAACAAGGUCUUUUUAGCUGAUCGCGCAGUUAUUCUUUUAAACUCGCAGUCAAUUGUGUGCCCAUGCUGACAAGCACCUCGCUGUCGCAUCGGUGAUUGUCAAGCUUACUGUAGCUCCAAGUUCCAGGACAAGUACACCGCCGAGGACACGACUAAAGACGGGCCCCGAAGCUUAUCUGGUAGCUUUGCGUGUCUUGAGCUGCAGACAUAUGAUGCGACGGCCCGCUACGUACCUGCCUAUAAAAGUCGACCGCGCUCAUUAGAGACAAAGAAGGAAUGACAGCUCCCCGAGGAUGAGCGCGGAUCCUCUGUUACCCAUCGCUCCGGCGAGGGUAAAGGCCCUGGUCCUCCCCGUCGGCCAAAUCAGACGCCAGCGCUUCGCCUCCUUUCUGGAUAGGCUGGCCGCCGAACAGGUGGUUCAGCUGCGCGACAUCAGCCCAGAUGGCCGGCCGAACAGGAACAUGUUCUCGCCCCUGGCGUUCCCCGACGGUGCCAUGUUCUACGAGCUCACGACCCACUACCCGCACCCCUCCUACUUGACCCUCACGCCUUUCGACCUCUACCGCGAGCCCUUUGUCGUCAUUGCUGUUGCUGACGCUUCCGAGAUCGACCGCCAUGCCCUCAGCAAGAGGCAGUCAGGAGGGGGUCGGACCACCACUGAAAGAAACAUUAGGGGCUUGUACCAGGACCUGGAGGACCUACGCGACCAGUUCCCAAAGGUACUCGUGCACAGGCUGUUGCUUUUUGACUACGUGGAGAAUCCCGACGAACACGUUCCGAUCCCAGAAGACAUCACGACCAUACCGCCACCCCAGGACUGCAAGAGAACAACCAUGAGGACGGUCAUGUGUGACAUAGCGUCACAGCUCCUGGCCGAGAUGACCUCAAUGGCAAAGCAAUUCGAGGCACUCUCUUAUGUUGAUUCCCCAGGCCAGAUACCCACAGGACAGCCGAAUGGCCAGGACCCUAUGCACGCCAGACGGAACUCGCAGUUCUCGUUGCCUGGGGGGACCAACGGUGGACGUUCGAGCUCAGCUGCCGCAAACAACCGCAUGUCUAUGCCUGUGCUACCAAAAGGUUCAGGCUUUGGAUCCGCCGGUUCGACGCCGAUCAGGCCAUCUACGCCGGUAAAGAGCGGGCUCUCAAAUACGCCGAAUCUGGACGAUGGCUCAUCAGAGUUUAGCUCGGGCCCUCCGACGCCGGAGCAACCCAAUGCAGUACGGCCUGGUACCAAUGAGAACUUUAGGACAGUCAGUCAGGACAGGAUAUCAGUGCAAGGGUUUGGGUCCGGCGGGCUCAACGAGAGGUGGAGAAGCAAAGGCAAAGGCAGGGUGACCAUCAUCCUGGGGUCGUUAUACCUGCAGGCGGGGCGAUGGCCAGAUGCUCUGAACCACCUCACCGAGGGCGCUACCGUGGCCAGGUCGAUUAACGAUCACGUUUGGCACGGCAAGGCUCUGGAGCUGAUCGUGAUAUGCUUACUGCUACUGGGCUGGGCUGGUGUUGAGUUUCAGGUGCCCUCGGUGCUAUUGGCGCCGACCUCGGAAAAGACUUCUGCCAGCGCAGCAGCGGCCAUGGCCGCAGAUGAGAAGAACGCAAGUCCAACCCAGCCGCGGUGGUUUAGAAACUUGCAGGUCAUCCUGCCUGACCUGCUAGACCGCAUAAUUGCUCUAUAUUCAAGGAUAUCAGCUGAGCAUCUACCCCCCUUGCCAAUGGCCGAGGCUAUCAUCAGAUGCUCCAGGACCUUGACUGGGCUUCACCUGACUGAUGGCUGUCUCGAAGCCGACACACUUGGGCUCUUGGUUCUGGGGCGGGCGCCGACCAAAGUCUUGAGCUCAUCACCUCGGCUGACCGUGACUCCGUCCCGUACACUCAUCGUCAACAUGAUGUUCAAGGCAUUCCCAAACUCAUCAACCGAGAUGCUGAGCGCGGUCGAUCGAAUCGCGAUUUUAUCAGGCAUCGCAUCUGUCCUUGGCAUGCUAGGCUAUCAGAGGAAAAAGGCCAUGGUCAUCCGGGAGCUUGUCUCAGUAUUGAUAGGGGGCCUCGUUGAAGCUAGGACGCGUGGUGCGGCUGAGGUCGGCAUUCACCCUGCUGCAGGGCUCGCUGCAUUGAAUGGCGUCAGCGGCCACACGACAGGAGCUGCAGCCCUGGACCUUGGAGAGGGCGACAUUGAAGAAUCGAUCGACGUUUUUCUAGGUCUCUUGCUCAGAACAUAUGGCGUGGUCUCAUUCGAAAUGGAUACACUCGUAUCACCAACCAAAGAUAUGGAAACUGCUCAUACUGACGACGGCGCAGUCGUUAGGAUACAAAAACAGGCAGCGGCAAGAUUCUUUGGUAUACCUGCGCUCAAGCUCAAUAUCCUCAGAGCCUGCAUAAACUUCUCUGAGGCACUGCCAGACUUUAACGGGGUGCUGAAGUAUUCGAGUGAUCUGCUGCGGACUGCAGGCAGCGGUCUUGCACCUGGGCCGCGGCGUGAGGAUGCCGCGCCCAUAAUAUCUAGGGAUGAACAGGUGCGCCUCAUAACCAACAUACUGAAAACAUCUAGCCUCUCCCAGCGUCUUGGCAUGGGUGAAAUGCUGGCCGAUUUUUGGGACGAAUUCUUCCUUAGGGGUGUCAAGCUCGAGCCUCUGCCCCGGACGCGGGCAACGAUUGAGCAUAAAAAGAGUGAGCUUGCAGGUGCAUCGACGGCGCGCGAAUCCCAGGACGUUGAUCCUCUAAUUCACAACCCGUUCCUGAAGCCGCCCGACAAGGCAGCAGUAGAAAGUACCCUGGUUGCGUUCGAGCCCGCGACUUUCAAAUUGACUUUACAAAAUCCGUAUGAAAUCGAGGUUGAAAUUGAAAGCGUGCGGUUAGACACGGAAGGGGUCGAGUUUGAAUCCUCUGUCGACAGCGCCCUCAUUGGCCCAUAUCGCACGCAGAUACUUCGUCUAGUCGGCAUACCGAAGGCUGCGGGGUCUCUAAAGAUUACCGGCGCCAUCAUCAAAGUCAGGGGUUGCCGAGAGAGGAGGUUUCCUAUAUUCCCGAGCCCUUGGUCCCCAGAAGACCAACCAAAAGUCAAAGCUAUUGGGCUGGCAGCUUUGGAACAGCAUGUUUUGGAGCCGGCAUCCCAAGCCCCCAAGACUGACCACAUCUCGCUCAACGUCAUAGAUGAGCAGCCAGUUGUGGUUGUCAAGUCGACUUCGUUGGCCCAGUCUUCGGUUAUGAUCCUAGAGGGUGAAAGUCAAGUAUUCUCAGUCACACUGCAGAACCUGUCCAAGACAACCGCGGCGGACUUUUUGUUGUUUUCGUUCCAGGAUUCGACGCAGGAGCCUUUGCAAGCUGCAUUAAGCAAGAGGAAUGCCACCCCUCAGGAGCUAUACGAGUACGAGCUGAUAUUGGCGCGAAAGCAAGCUUUGCGUCUCAAGCCCAGAGCGGACCACAAGAGGUAUAUUGGUCCCGGAGAAGAGGCGACGUUUGAUUUCCAGAUCCUGGGCAAACCGGGGCUUACCGGCGGUAUUAUACAAGUGGAUUAUGCGCACCUUGGUGUACCACCGGAGGAUGUACCUGCCAAGUUUCACACGCGCCAGGUGGCCUUGCAGCUUACCAUUACGGUCAACGCGAGUGUCGAGUUGACGAGGGUUGACGUACUGCCUCUUCACGAAGGUAUCCCUCGGCCACUGCUUGAGACGGCCUUCCGCCGUGGAGAUGGUGCCAGUUCCCUAAAGGAAAUUCAAGAGAAAGUCUCGUCAGACGAUUAUUGCCUGCUAUUACUUGAUCUGAGAAAUGCAUGGCCCAGCUACAUGCAAGUCGAGCUGAGCACUGAGGACGGCGCUCUAAUAGAAGAGACGAUAUUGCCAGGGUACACGUCGCGGGUCAUGGUAUUACUCAAGCGGGUUUACUUGGAAGAUCCACAUGCAGCAGUCCCAACCUUGAACCCAGCACGGCAGCGUCAAUUUGUUGUAAGCACGACAAUAUCACCAGAAACGGAAAGAGCCAACCGAGAGGCGUUCUGGUACAGAGAGGAGUUGCUCAACCGGAUCAAGGGGUCAUGGCGGGCGACUUCUGGUACCAAUAGGCACGGCGCCAUCGAAUUGCGCAGCAUACGGCUGAGCCCGCGUAUGAUCGACGCGGUCAAGAUUGAGGACGUUGACAUUGACAUCUCAGUUGCGUCGCAAAAUCCCGGCGACGAUGAGAGCAAGAACGUCUUGUAUGUUGACGAAUUCUCGCGCCUCAACGUGCACAUCAUCAACCGGUCCGCGAAGCCCAUUUACCCGACGCUGCGGCUCAUGCCGGCCCUCUGCCACCGACCGCUCAACGUGGCGCUGGACUACACGAGAAAGUUUGGUUGGAUCGGGACACUGCAGAAGUCGCUGCCGCUAUUAGAGGCGCACGGGGAGACGAACGUCGUCAUGACCGUGGCCGCGCUCUGCAGAGGUCAGUUUGAGGUCACGGCAUCGGUGGAGGAGACGCAACUCUGGCGGGACGAGGGAGCGACGGCCAAGGGCAGCGAUGAAGGCGGCAGACCAAGAUCAGAUACGCAGACGCUGAUGGACGCGGUUUUGGGGGCCAGAGAGAGGAGGAUCUGGCACACUCGAAAGCCCUUCACUGUGACAGCUCUGGAUAGAGACGGAUGAAAGGAAAAACGAGCGACGAUAGCUCUGCAUUUUAGGGUAUAUAUUGAAAUAAUUUAUAUAACAGCAUUUACUGACAGGGGUUGGCUAUUGGAAACGAGCAAGAAAACAAAAGGGG